AUGAAUCUGAAAGGUGUGGGUGAUGAAGUGAGGUGUCGAGCCUUCCCCGUGAGCUUAGCAGGGCCGGCAAUCCACUGGUUCAACACUCUCCUCCAAAGCUCCGUGACAACUUUUGUGGACAUAACCCACGCAUUCCUAGCUCAGUUUACCACGCGUAUUGCUAAAGCUAAGCACCCGAUCAACUUGCUAGGGGUGACGCAGAGAAGCGGGGAACUAAUCAGGAAGUACCUGGAUAGGUUCAAUGAUGAAUGCUUGGAGAUUGACGACCUAACCGACUUGGUGGCCAGUUUAUGCUUGACGAACGGGUUGCUGAACGAGAAUUUCAGGAAGCACCUUACCACCAAGCCCGUGUGGACGAUGCAAGAAAUCCAAAAUGUGGCUAGGGAGUAUAGCAAUGACGAAGAGGUUAGCCAAGUCGUGGCAGCCAACAAGCGGCAGCCCGCCUAUAACCCUGCUCGUCAUCCCGGUAACGGGAAAAGGUCUAAGGAACACUCAAAGGAUGGAGGGCCAGCUAAAGCCUUCAAGCCGUUCUCCCGAGUAGGGAAGUUUACUAACUACACUCCUCUGACAGCCCCGAUCAUCGAGAUGUACCAGCAAAUAGCCGACAAAGGCAUCCUGUCGAAUCCCCGACAAUUUAAGGACAGAACUAGAGGGAACAAAAACCUUUACUGCGAUUACCACAAGGACUUCGGCCACAAGACCCAAGAUUGUUUCGAUUUGAAGGAUGCUCUGGAGCAGGUGAUUUGGGAAGGUAAGCUGGCAGAGUUCUCUCACCUUAUAAGAGAACCCAUGAGGCGGGAUCGUGACCGAUCUGGCGACGACUGGAGCCGCGCCAUGAGACCAAGGCAAGAGCACGAGGAGGACAAUGAGCGCGGCCUCACCAUUUUGAACGUCGUAGUCGGGAGAGACAUCGCUCCCAGGUCGAAGUCGGCAUGCAGGAAAGAUGCCAAAGUCUUGGUUGUGUCAUCGUCUAGUCCCGCGCCUUCCUUCAGGAGAGUCUCGUCAAUGUCAUUCGGACCAGAGGACCAAUGGUUCGACGACUUGCCGGAGAACCCUCCUAUGGUGAUCACAGCAAGGGUGAGAACUGAUCUGGUCAGGCGAAUCCUCGUAGACACCAGAGCCGAUUCGAACAUCGUUUGA